AGAACAGACAUGAGGACAAGAGACUUUUAUUUUAAACUGAGACAAAGCCAGAGAUUGAGUCAUUUUCCUCUGUUAAUGAUGCUCUUCAUCUUGUCCAAACCCACAGAACAGCAGAUUAUUAUAAAGAUGGCGUUUAUUAAAGAGGAGAGUGAAGACAUCAAGAUUGAAGAAACAUUCACAGUCAAACAUGAAGAGACUGAAGAAGCUUUCAGAGUCAAACAUGAAGAUCCUGAGGAACAAACAGACCUGAUGCCACUCAAAAAGGAGAGUCAAGAUCAGAAUGAAAUUGAAGAGAAACACCAACAUAAGAAAAUACCUGAAGAACGAGAACAGAGGAAAACCUCUUCAGAAAGAACAGCACAGAAGACUGAAUCUAAUACAUGCCAUGAGUGUGGAAAGAGUUUCACUAGGAAACAAUCCUUUACAAAACACAUGAGAGUUCAUACUGGAGCAAAACCCUACACUUGCAGUCAGUGUGGAAAGAGUUUCACUUGGAAACAAAACCUUACGAUGCAUAUGAUGAUUCACACUGGAGAAAAGCCCCACGCCUGCCUGUACUGUGAAAAGAGUUUCAUUAGUAAACAAAGCCUUACAAACCACAUGGAGGUUCACACUGGGGGAAAACCUCACACUUGCCAUCAGUGUGGAAAGAGUUUCACUUGGAAACAAUACCUUACACAGCACAUGAGGAUUCACACUGGAGAAAAGCCUCACAGUUGUCAACAGUGUGGAAAAAGUUUCACUUGGACACAAUCUUAUAGAAAUCAUAUGAGAAAUCACACUAAAGAAAGGCCUUACGUUUGCCAACAGUGUGGGAAGAGUUUCAUUUGGAAACAAAACCUUAAAAACCACAUGAAUGCUCACACUGGAGAAAAGCUGUACAGCUGUCAAUACUGUGGAAAGAGUUUCACUUGGAAGCAAAGCCUUACAGACCAUUUGAAGAUCCACUCUGGAGUAAAGCCGCACAGUUGCCCUCAGUGUGGGAAGAGCUUCAUUUGGAAACAAAACCUUAUUGAGCAUAUGAAGGUUCACAGUCGAUGUGCAUCAUAGACGUCACACGAUUAUUGUUAGUGGCACAAAUUGUAGUCAGACUUAUUUGAUACCCGAGACAAAGUAGUGAUUUACAAAUUUACUUUUGACUCGCAUUUCGUUGCAGACAACACAACAAACACUAUUUAACAUGUUCCUCGUGAUUUUUAUGUUUCUUUUUUUUUUUUUUUAAAUAAACACUUUGUUUAAACAGUUGUGGCAGGAAAAGUUGUAAUCAGGUAAAUUCGUUAAAGGAUGUGAUGUGACAGGUGACUUUAAUUAUGAUUUGGUACAAAUGCAGCAACCAAGAAAGGUCUAGUC